GUUUUUUUCUCUCUCUCUCUGAUUACUGAUUCCUUUCACUUUCACCACUACAGUGUAACCAGCUCAUCUGCACCACUGUUUGAUAUUAUUGUAUGUGGCGGUAGUAAAAGACUGAAAAGAAUCUCAAUAACAUGAGAGAUAUCAGAUAUGAGAUGAGUCAUGAGAGAGAACCGAAAUACAAAUCCCAAUAAUGAACCACAUAUAUCUUUAGUCUGUCAGAAAGAUUUUAACCCCUUCUACAUCUUCUCCAAGAUUUCUCUCUUACACAUUAUUCUCAUCUUUACCAUAAUUUCCUCACACAGUGACACACCCAUCUCAAUUUAUCAUCAUUAUCAUCACCACCAACACACUUUGCAGCAGUGCCAGCCAUCUCUCUUUUCAGAAGUAGUGAAACAAAAAGGUGUUACUGUAGUUGGCCCUAUGAGAAGAUAAAGAAACAGUGUGCUGUGAACACUGAACUACCAUUCUUUUCUCUUCCAACUCCAACAACCCAUUGUGACAUGAGUUGUUGUUGUUGUUGUUAGUUGUGUAUGGCAUCAUGAAUCAAAAUCAGUUACACACACAUUUCUUGGGUUUGCUCUCUUUAUUACACUUUCUUUCACCAACAAACUUUGUAACUGAAUUAGCAUUCACUGAUUAAGGCUAAGAAGAAAAAAAAAAAAAAACAACAUCACCACACAAUGCCAACCAUCACCAGCAUCAUUCUGUUGCUUUUUAUCACACUCUUCUUUACUACCAUUCUUGCCACCACUCCUCACCACCGCCACCUCCUCCAUCAACCGUUUUUCCCACCGUCAACUACCACCACAACUACCUCCCCAUCACCAUCACCACAACCUUCUGUCUCCCCAAAACAACAACCAAAACAGCCCUUCUCCUCCACCUCCUCCACUCCCGCCACCACCACAACCCAAAACCCAUUCUUCCCAACUUACCCUUCGCCGCCACCGCCACCAUCGCCAAACGCACUCGCCACUUUCCCAGCCAACAUCUCCUCCCUCCUCCUCCCUCACACCACCACCACCACCUCCUCCUCCCACCGCCACCUCAUCGCCAUUUCCGUCUCCACUUCCCUCCUCCUCCUCGCUCUCCUCUCCGCCUUCUCCGCCUUCCUCUACUACCGAAAAUACACUCACCACACCACCACAGACGAAAAGGCCUCGCUCUCCGUCUCAGACAGCAUCCACCUUUACCCUCCGCACCUCGCCACUUCCGAUGGAACUCGCAAACCUCGCUGCUCUUCUUCAGUUCCUUCACAUUCGAACAGCUCCGAGUUUCUCUAUCUCGGUACUUUACCCGAUUCACGAGCACCAAACGAGGAAACUGUACUAAAUUCAUCGACUUUACAAAGUUCAACCGUCACCCAUCUCCCACCUUCUACUCAGUAUCACAAACUCGGGUCCCCUGAGCUCAAACCACUUCCACCGCUUCCAAAACACAAUUUCGGGCCGAUUUAUCGGAAUGCCGAAAUGGGCUCUUCUGGAAAUGAAGAAGAGGAGGAGGAAGAAGAAGAGUUCUUUUCGCCACGAGGAUCUUCGGGCCGAAAAGAUCAGAGUCCGGUUCUUAACGGGUCGAGCUCACAAAGAGUGUUCAAUGCCGAGAAUUUCGGGAGUAGAAGCUUCAAUUCGAGAACUCCUUCGUACCCAUGUUCGAAUUCGGCUUCUCCUGCUAGUUCUGUGUCGAAUACUGUAUCCCCUGCUUUGAAUUUCAGUCCUGCAAGCUUGAAAUCCAAGUCUCCGGACUCUGUGAUCAGUUUUCCGGUUCCGGGCAUGGGACAAUUUCCGGGUUCAGCUCCAUUUCGGCCGAUUCUGACAUCGCUGCCGCCGCUUUCUUUGUCGGCUUCGUCUUCAGAGAGAGGUUCGGGGAAUACUAUGAACUCUCCGGCGAGGACUUCUGAUGUUUCGGGGCAGAGCAGCAAGCAAUCUCCAAGGAUGAUUCGGAAUGUUUCGAACCGGAGUGUUUCGAACCGAUAUGUGCCGAUAAAACUGCCUCCACCGCCACCACCGAUGCCGCCACCGAGGUAUUGGGAGGCUCCGGCAGCUCCUAGGCUGAGCAGAGAACCAAAUUCAGGGCCGCCAGUACUUGUUCCGCCUACUAGGCCUGUGGUGAUGCAGAAUUUGGCACCAAUUUCAGGUACUGAACAGCCUCAAAGCAAUGAGAAUUUGGAGAGGCAUGAGGAGAAUCCAAGGCCAAAGUUGAAACCUUUGCAUUGGGAUAAAGUUAGAGCAAGUUCGGAUCGAGCUAUGGUGUGGGAUCAGCUAAAAUCUAGCUCUUUCCAAUUGAAUGAGGAAAUGAUUGAGACACUGUUUAUGGUUAAUAAUGGUAAUUCCAAUAUGAGUCUGAAAGAUAAUGGCCGGCGUCUGGUUCUCCCUUUGUCGAGCCAGGAGAAUCGGGUGCUUGAUCCGAAGAAGUCUCAGAAUAUUGCAAUUUUGUUGAGGGCGCUGAAUGUGACCAUUGAAGAAGUCUGUGAAGGUCUUUUGGAAGGCAACUCUGAUACAUUGGGGACAGAACUUCUUGAAAGUUUACUGAAGAUGGCUCCUACAAAAGAGGAAGAACGUAAACUAAAAGAGUUCAAAGAUGAAUCACCCUCUAAGCUAGGCCCAGCUGAGAAAUUUCUAAAGGCUGUGCUUGAUAUACCAUUUGCAUUUAAAAGGGUGGAUGCAAUGCUCUACAUUGCCAAUUUUGAUUCAGAAGUAGAAUACCUUAGAAGGUCUUUUGAGACUCUGGAGGUAGCUUGUGAAGAAUUGAAGAACAGCAGAAUGUUCAUGAAGCUUCUUGAAGCAGUGCUCAAAACUGGGAAUCGCAUGAAUGUUGGCACCAACCGUGGAGAUGCCCAUGCAUUCAAGCUGGACACACUGCUCAAGCUUGUUGAUGUUAAGGGAACUGAUGGAAAAACCACUCUUUUGCAUUUUGUUGUACAGGAAAUCAUUAGAACUGAAGGUUCUCGUCUUUCUGGUGCCAAUCAGAGUCAACCGGCUGAGAAAAGUCAGCAGUCUGCUUUGCGGGAUGAAGUUGAACAUAGGAAGCUUGGCUUGCAAGUUGUUUCGGGUUUGAGUGGGGAGCUCACCAAUGUAAAGAAAGCUGCUGCAAUGGAUUCAGAUGUUCUCAGUAAUGAAGUUGCGAAACUUGCUGAGGGAAUCUCAAAAAUAUCUGAAGUUGUGAAACUAAAUGAAGAACUUGCAUUGAAGGAGACUAGUCGAAAAUUUUCAGAGUCAAUGAAUGUGUUCUUGAAGAAGGCUGGGGAAGAGAUUGUAAAGAUCCAAGCCCAAGAGAAAGUUGCUCUCUCUCUGGUGAAAGAAAUAACUGAGUAUUUCCAUGGGAACUCAGCUAAAGAAGAAGCUCAUCCAUUCCGGAUUUUCUUGGUGGUAAGGGAUUUUCUUUCUACUCUUGACCAGGUAUGCAAGGAAGUUGGAAAAGUUAAUGAGAGAACUAUAGUUGGUUCAUCCCGCCAAUUUCCUAUGCCUGUGAAUCCAACCCUUCCACCAGUAUUUCCUGAAUUUAAUGGAAGGCAGCAUUAUGGCUCCUCAGAUGAUGAAAGUUCAUCCUCAUCGUAGCACUUAAAAUUCACAUAGCAUGUCUUUUUGUGCUUUUCUUCUGGAUCUCACCAGCCACCUAUUAACUAUUAAGUACUGGUGGUAUUUACGGAUGCUCUUCUGGGUGGAGCUUGCCAAGUAACUAUCAAGUAUAUUAUCUUCUUCUGUUUGGCACCUUUUCUUGUAGUAAUAUACCCACAGGAUUUUGGAAUUGUUUAUCCUAUAUGUAAUAUAGAGGGAAUUGCCUGAAGAUAAUAAACUAGUAUUUGCCAGAAUAGUUGGAAUUAUCUUGUAAAUUUGUUAGAUAUUUAAGUUGUUCAGUGAUAGUUCAUGAUUA